UCUUUUAUGCAUUUAAUAAUCUUAUUAUUUCAUAAAUUCGUUGAGCCCGAAAAAAUGUAUAUGUUAAAAUCCAUUUUUGUUAAAAAGAAAGGGAGAAAAAAUUGUCUCUGUUUAUCAUCUUCAAAAUCAAGCAUUGUAAAAAUAGAUUCCAUGUUGCAUGGCGAAAAGGCUCCGAAAAACAUAUCUUCUGAGUUAGAAGAAGCCGAAUUCAGUGAACCCCAUUAAUUUCAGUUACCAGAAAUUCUGAGCACUUUCAACACCUGUACAGUAUCUUCUCUCUACAAUUCCCUCUGUGUGUGUGUGCGCGCGCGCGUGUGAGAGAGGGGUGGGGGGAUUGUAUGAUGCAUUUAAGGUAAAAUUAAUGUAAUGAAUUUAUGAUUUUGUAGUAUUAUUAGCUUUAGAUUAUCAUCACACACGCACUCACUGCUCUCUGCUUUUACUCUCUCACUCCCAUAUGUGUGUGUGUGUGUGAUUUUGUAUGAUGCAUUUAUGAUAAAAUUAAUGUAAUAAAUUUGUGAUUUUGUAAUAUCAGCUUUAGAUUACCAUCGCACACUCACUCACUGCUCUUUGCUUUGACUCUCUCACUCUCCAAAACAUUUGUGCAUAAAAACAAAACACCAUGAACGAACAAUACACAAAUGUCACUAAAAUCCGGCCUUUUCAUCACUGUAAUUUGGCUAAAUUGCGUGGAUUAAAUCAGACCCAGUUUUCAUUUUCAUUAUUUGUAACCACCUAUUCUCUCCAUAAAAUCAACACCGCCGCCGCCUCUGCCACCGCUUUUUUGGAAUUUGAGUUGUGGGUGUUGUGCUUUGAUGGCGAAAAAGAGAAUAAUGGAGAAAUUCGAGGCACAUUGGAAUCGGAGAAGUAGCAGCAGCCAGGAGCAAAGGGAGGAGGAGGAGGAGCCGUCGAAUGGAGUGGGUGAUCUUUUCUCCGGGCCGGGCUUCAAUAAUAUUCACAGAGGUUCCAGAAUGGCCCGGGCCAGGAGGACUAGCCUUGAUUCCCUCAAAUUUCCCAAGCCGCACGUGCCACCUCCACCUCCUCCGCCCGUAAUUGAUAUUACAAAGCUGAACUAUCUUUUCAAGAAGCAGCUCAAGAACAGUGAUGUAAGCACCCUCAGACGAAUUGUGAUUCCGAAGAAAGAAGCUGAGGCUUAUCUUCCUUUCCUUAGUGCCAAGGAAGGGAUUACUAUCAACAUGCUCGAUAUGGAUGGGGUUCACGAAUGGUGUUUCAAAUUCAGAUUCUGGCCAAAUAAUAGUAGCAGGAUGUACGUGCUUGAGUGCACUGGUGAUUUUGCAAAUACGCAUGGCUUGAAACCUGGGGAUUACAUUAUAUUGUACCAAACUACUGGACGUGAAAAAUAUAUAAUUGAAGCUAAGAAGGUGGAUCAAAUCCACAGAUAAGUUGAGCUUUGCAUGGAGAUGCUGGUGAUUUUCUGGGGGGGAUCGACAGAAACUCAAUCCUCCAGAGCCAUGGACAACAUAUUUUGUUGAUUCCCAGAUAGAACUUAGAGCUGGUUGAUGGUGUGAGUUGAAAGCAACAUACAAACAUACAUAUAUAGAUUACCUUUAUAAGGGGCAACAUGCAACAUAACUUGGUUGUUGUAUUGCCCUUUGUGUGCUUUUUAUAUUUUUUUUCCUCCUAUAUUUGAAAGGACAAAAAAAAAAAAAAAAAGAGAGAAAAUCAUCUGGUGUAUCAUUUCUGCUGAUUUUUAUGAAUGUUGCAGCCUUUUUCCAUAUAUAUUUUCGUCUUGCUCUGC